AUGGAGUUAUUACCACAUUUUUUCUUAGCCCUCACUAAAAUAACUGAGUUAACUUUUCCUAGGAAUCUUAAGUCCAUUGAAGUUGGUGCUUUAGCCUGCAUACCAGAACUUAAAGUUUUGAAAAGUAACUGUCCUGACAUCGUUAUUUAUCGAAGAAUUGCGUAUUCUAGUGAUUUUAAGACAUUGAUCAAAUGUCCCGUAGACUUUAAUGAGCCAUUAGCUCCAACUAUUGUUAAUAUUUCGGACUGUGGAGCUUUUAGUAGUUGUAAGUUUGUUAGUUUUGUUUUAGAUCCACAAGUCCAAAAACUUGGUGGUCGAAUGUUUCGUGCAUGUUUGCUUUUACAAUCUGUUGAUCUUUCUAAAUCAAUUGCAACAGAGUUACCUUUUGAAAUAUUUUACGAUUGUAAAAAGUUAACAAAUCUUAUUCUUCCAGAUACUGUGAAUUCGAUUUCAGGAAGUAUAUUUUUUAAUGGAAAGAUUAUCAACUUUAAAAUUCCACCGUCUGUUAAAUAUUUGGAUCCAAACACUUUUUUGUCGGCUGAUGUUGGAACAAUAGAGUACUGCGGACUAUAUCUUUUGAAUGUUACUGCUCCUUCAAAUUCUAUUCUCAAGACAAAUACAAUUUAUCCAAAUAGAUAUUUCUUACAACAAACAAUUUUUUCUAAAGAACUAACCGGCUGUUUUCCAGAACGAACUCCUUUCCCUACAUCAUCAGCCAUUUCAAAGCAUUUCCCAAACUGCCUCCAUAAUAUUUAUUCUUUUUCUUCUUUUCCAUCUUAUCUUCUAUUUGUUCUUAUUAUUAGCUAA